AUGAACGCCUAUGAGAACUGCCAUGGUGCAGGUUGGUAUGAACUCUGUAUUAAGCCGGAAAGAUUUUUUAUCUCAGAAAGAAUCAAUAGCUGUGUCAUUAAAGAAAUGACCAUAGAAAGGUAUAGAAAAUUGACUGAAAUGGAAACGUGCUUGGGAAUAUCCAACAUCCCAGGAGUCAUCAUCUCUGAAGUAUACUACGGAGUAUAG